AUGGAUUUUGUACUUCGACUUUGUCAUAAAUUAUUAGAACAACAAAACAAAUCGAAUGUAUCAUUCUUGCAAACUGAUCAAAUAAUCGGUAGAAAUGAAGUGAGUCAUCAAUAUUUUGGACGAAAACAUCUUAAGGAUGACAAAUCCGAUCAAAAUGAAACCGAAUCAUCAUACGAUUUGUUGGACAAAAAAAAAAAAGACCCUUUUUCUUUAUCAUCGAGCAGGAUGAAUUUUUUGACUGACGCACGACUAAAAUACGCUCGAGAAUUACUUCUAAGUCUGACACAAUUUGGCCAGGGCAUUAAAUGGGUAAAAUCGGACAAUGAUAACACGUGCAUAAUAAUUCCAAAUUUAGAAUUUGUGGUAAAACAUGUGAAUGAGCUUGGACGUCUGCAUAAAAUUAUCAAAGACUACGUUAAAACCGACAACGAACACUUCGGUCGUGUAGCCAAAGCUUUAAGAUUUAGUUUACAAGACAAAAUUAAUUCAUAUUACGUUUAUGUUAACAAGUGGUUAAGUGCCAACUUUGACGUAUUAGAACAUUCUAAGGAUUGCUUACGUAUAUGUAUCCCUUUGGACCACGAUGUUCUGAUAAGGUUCCAGUGUCUAGCGAAAAUUGUAAAGAAUGCCAAAGGCAAAAGUGGUUGCAGUUUAAUAUCGUCGAUGGUCCGCUCCAGUAUUCGUGAAAUCGACAGUAAAAUGUUGAAUGAGAUCACCAAACCCAUACACGCAAUGAUUCUCCGUUGGAUGACUGGUGGUGAAAUAGAAGACGAACAUGGUGAUUUUUUUAUAGUAGAAAACUUGUCUGAAAGUUAUUGGAAUAACAGUCACGCAUUAAGUUCAACUAACACUUUAGAUUUUCUGAACGAAUAUCAGUUAAACUGUAUUUAUCAAACUGGAAAAAAUAUGAAUUUAUUGUUAAAAUUGCUUAGUCCAAAGAUGAAUGCAAAAAUUGAAAAACUUAGAGAAAAUAUCAAAAUCCUAACUGCCGAUGGAGAUGGACUCAUUGUUAUGUUGGCUGACAAAUGUAGGAAAACAUCAACAAUGCUAUCUGACUUGUGUGAUCAAUCAUCUGCUUUAUUGAUGGAAGUGUUAAUAAGUGAUUAUAAUUUGUUUCAACAAUUCGAAGGACUCCGAAAUUACAUGUUGCUUGGUCGUGGAGACUUUUACACCUAUGUAAUACACAAGUUGGAGCCGUAUUUUGGAAAUAAUGAGAUACACAAUUAUCAAUUGAAUGAUAUUAUAAAAAAUGCAUAUGCUUUGACAUCCGCUAGUAAUGACAACGAGGAGCUGUUUAGUAAGCUGAAAUAUCAAAUUGAUACGUCCGGAAAGGUGAACUGGAAAAGUAUCAAGUUCGAGUACAAGACUGAUGAACCUUUAAAUCAAGUAAAUCUCAUCAUAACCCGGGAAUAA